AUGAAAGCAGAUACAAUGGACGAAAAAGAACGUUAUUGUACCCUUGUUUUUGACGAAAUGAAAAUAAAACAUUUUUUAGAAUACUCUAAAUACCUUGAUUUGUUUGAAGGCUAUGAAGACUUGGGUCCAUUGAGGAGGUCAAAUAAAUUAUUAGCUGGCCAAGCAAUGGUCUUUCUAAUCCGUGGUUUAUAUGCUUCAUGGAAGUUACCAAUUUCGUAUUUUUUCACUUCUACAUCGGUAAAACACACGGAUUUAAGUAUCCUACUCAUGGACGUCAUUGAAAAAUUGUUAGACUGUGGAUUUAUAGUUACCGCCAUGAUUUGUGACCAGGGUAAAAAUAAUGUUUCUGCUCUUGUCAAAGACCUUAAAAUGAAGAAAGACAAACCGUUUGUUGAGGUAAAGGGUCGAAUUCAUUUAGACCUUAGAGACGUGUAUGAAAUAGAUAAAAAUAGUGGAAUAAGUAGAUCCCUUUUAAAAAUUACGGAUAGCCAUAUGAACCCCGACCCGUUUCAGUUAAUGUCAUGUAAAUUGGCAAUGCAGCUCUUCAGCAAUUCGAUGGCCGCUGCAAUGGAGACUUGCAUUAUGACCAAACCACUGAAAUCUAAUACUCCUGUAAAUACUCUUGAUAUGGUAAAAGAGUUAAAUAAUUUAUUAGACUUUCUGAAUAGUAAAUCACUGUUUGACAAAAAUCCAUUCAAAUGUGCAAUAUCCCAAGAGCGUCCACAACAAUUGGAGUUUUUACUUAAAACAAAUCUUGGCUCGAAAAUUUAA